UGCUGGCAGGGGCCGAGCAGGGCAUUUUCCCAGUUCGUUGCUGUAGUGAGCAUCUUUCCUCGCAUCACGCACAGCCUAAGGUCUUGCUGUAUUUGGACAUGGACCUCAUCAGUAUCUGAGGAUUUGCCAAUGGUGCUGAAUAUUGUGCAAUCAUCGGCAAACAUUCCCACUUCUGACCUUUGGACGGAGGAAGGUCAUUGAAUCAGUUGAAGAUAAUUGGGCCAGGGCUACGACCUUGCAAAAAGAUGGGGGUCCAGGAUUAAGGAAAAUCCAGAGAAGAUACUUGAAGUGUAUGCCAAAGUAACGCAUCCUGAAUCCAGUGGUUCAGGUUAGCCAUGUCAAGUAAGACAGUGUCCGUGUGAUACAAUAGUGUUUCAUGUCACGGUGGGGGGAAAGAGAACAAGAAUCCAGUAUCGACCAUUUAAACAAAUUUUCCCUUCAGAUACUGCAGUAUAAAAAUGGCUCUGUCUGCAGUCCCAAUGCAGGUGCUGACAAUGACUAUCCAUCUGUUUCUGGCUGAAAGCGUUUAUGGAGGUGCCUACUACCAAAUGAAGCAGGUUCCACAGCAGGUUCCACAGAUGCAAAUGCACGGACAGGUUCCACACAUGAUGCAUCUUAGGAAAGAAGGCCCUCGCAUGCAGCACAUGGGCAAGGAGAUGCCACGCAUGCCCGUGCAUAGAAAAGAUUUGCCAUAUAUGCACCACUAUGGAAAAGAAGUUCCUCAAAUGCGUGUGUUUGGAAAAGAUGUGAUGCCUCAGAAGGAAGCAAAGGAAAUGAUACCAACAUUUCCGAGUGCAAUGAAAGGUGAAAAGGGUCCAUCAGGAGAGCCUGGUGCAAGAGGACCAAUUGGACCACCUGGCCUGCCAGGAAUACCAGGUCGUGAUCUUCAAGGACCAGUCGGAAAACCAGGUCUCCCAGGUCAACCAGGUUUUCCAAGUGUUGGGAAGCCUGGAAUGCCAGGAAUGCCAGGUAAACCAGGAGAGAUGGGAUUGCCGGGUCGCAAAGGUGACAUGGGACCAAAAGGAGAACAAGGGCCAAUGGGACCACCAGGAGCACAAGGACUACCAGGUCCUUCUGGAAUGCCGGGAUUUGGGAAGCCAGGUAGACCAGGAUUGCCAGGAAAACAAGGGCCAAGAGGAGAGCCAGGACAGAAAGGAAUGCCAGGAUUGCCAGGUCCUGUAGGGCCAAAGGGAAUGCCAGGAAUAGGUGUAGCUGGAUUGCCAGGCUUAAGAGGGCCACAAGGGCCCCCUGGACAACCAGGCCCUGCAGGUCUACCAGGCGUCUCAAAAGCUGGGUUAAAUGGUCUUCCAGGAGCUCCAGGAGCCCUGGGCAAACAAGGAUUCCCAGGUGAACCAGGAUUGCAAGGUUUUCCAGGGCCCCGUGGUGUCCAAGGGCCUCCAGGAAUGCCAGGUAUUGGAAAGCCAGGUUUAGAUGGAAUUCCUGGUCAACCUGGCUUUCCAGGGGCAAAAGGUGAAAAAGGACAACCUGGUUUACAAGGGCCCCCAGGAAUGCUAGGAGUAGGAAAACCAGGGUUUCCAGGGCCAAAAGGUGAACGUGGUCAGACUGGGCCUCCGGGGAUGCAGGGAUUUAAAGGUGAGCCUGGGCUUGCUGGUGCUCCUGGAAUUCCUGGUCCUCCAGGUGCAAGAGGACUGCCAGGGCCUCAGGGUCAAAUCGGGCCUGUGGGUGGCUUAGGUUUCCCAGGAGUGAAAGGAGAGUAUGGGCCACCUGGUGCUCAAGGUCCUCAAGGUCCAAAAGGAGAAGCAGGUGUCCAGGGAUUGGCAGGCAUACCCGGAUAUCCUGGUGAAGAUGGGCAACCAGGUCAACGAGGGUUACCAGGACCAACAGGACCAAAAGGAGACCUGGGGCAGAAAGGCCCAUCUGGUUUGCCUGGACGACCAGGACUACCAGGAUUGAAAGGGGAAAUUGGCUUUCGUGGAGAGAAAGGUAUCCAAGGCCCCACUGGAAUACCAGGGAUUGCUGGUCCAGGUGGUCCAAUAGGGCCACCAGGUCUUCCUGGACCGAAAGGAGAGAAAGGACUACCAGGACCACCAGGGCUACCUGGUAUAGGGAAACCUGGAGUUCCAGGACACAUUGGACCAACAGGAAAACCUGGACCAGAAGGUCUUCAAGGAUUAUCAGGUGCACCAGGCCCUCCUGGCCCUCCAGGACCUCCGGGCCCACCAGGCCAACCAACUGAUAUAAGACAGUUUCAACUUCCAGAGAUGGGGCCAGGAAUUGAUGGCAUUAAGGCACCACAAGGAUAUGCUCAACCAAGUAAAAAAGGGAAACCUAUAGGAAUUAGUCCAGAAAUGCCUGCAUUCACUGCUAAGCUAUCAAUGCCUUUCCCACCAGCAGGAUCUCCUGUCAAAUUUGAUAAAAUCUUAUACAAUGGCAGACAAAGCUACAAUCCGCAAACUGGCAUUUUCACAUGUGAGAUACCAGGAAUUUAUUAUUUUUCAUAUCAUGUUCAUUGCAAGGGUGCUAAUGUAUGGGUAGCAUUAUAUAAGAACAAUGAACCACAAAUGUAUACAUAUGAUGAAUACAAGAAGGGGAUUCUUGACCAGGCUUCUGGGAGCUCAGUUCUUGAACUAAUGCACGGUGACAAAGUCUGGAUGCAGCUUCCAUCUGAGCAGGCAGCAGGACUUUAUUCAGGCCCUUAUGUGCAUUCAUCUUUUUCUGGAUAUUUAUUGUAUCCAAUGUAAAAAAAAAUGUAAACAAGUAAAGCUUUUAAAACAUGAUCUUUGUUAUCUUACAAAAGCUAAAUUUUCACUACAAGGGCAAUUGCUGACAUUUGUAGGAUGAUUUUAACUGUUAUUCUUUCUUUGAUGGAAGGCCAUUGCUGGGAGAACCCAAAGAAUGAAUAGACUUGUCUGUUUUACACAUUCUAAAUGCACAUUAAAGUGUUGUGAAACACAGAAUAAUACAACAAGA